CAAAAUGUAUAUUGUCGACGACCAACGUUGUUAAAAAAAUUGCAAAACAAAGAAUUUAGCUAAACAUUAUUUAAAUAAAAAUGAUUUGAAGUUUGUUUUGUAAAAUGAACCGCCUUAUAUGCUUAAACUCUUGUUAUAUUAACACGAUAAGAAGUAGUUACAAUAAGCCCAGGCAAUUUUUAUUGUCACCUAAGAGUGUAUCUCCGGAAUUGCUUAUAGUUAGAAAAGUACACGAACAGAAGAAGAUACGUUCAACUCUCAAUUAUGUGAUCGCUUUAGGAGUUAUGACAGUAGGUUUAAGUUACGCCGCUGUACCUUUAUACAGGAUAUUUUGUCAAGCAUACAGUUAUGGAGGUAGCAUAGGGCAAGCCGAUGCAACAGAUGAAGUAAGUAAUAUGAAGGCGGUUAAAGAUAGACCUAUCAAAAUAAGGUUUAAUGCAGACGUAGCAUCCUCUAUGCAGUGGAAUUUUAGGCCACAGCAAACAGAUAUUACAGUGGUGCCAGGUGAAACAGCUUUAGCUUUCUACACAGCUAAGAAUCCCACUGAUAAGCAAGUAGUGGGCAUUAGUACUUACAAUGUGGUUCCAUUUGAGGCUGGUCAAUACUUUAAUAAGAUACAGUGUUUCUGCUUUGAAGAACAAAUGCUUAAUCCACAUGAGAUGGUUAACAUGCCAGUGUUUUUCUACAUAGACCCAGAGUUCAGUGAGGAUCCAAAGAUGGAGUACAUUGAUGAGAUUGUUUUGUCUUACACUUUCUUUGAAGCUAAAGAGGGAUUCCAACUUCCCGUCCCUUCAUAUGCUAAGUAAUGCACAAACCUAAGUAUUUUAGUUAUAGAAAUAUUGUGUUAUGUAAUGACAUUAUUUUAUUAUAAAUUUGUUGAACAUA